CCCUUUAACUUGAAACGACCGGCUGGCCUGGCGGCGGGAGAGGAUGCUGGUGGCACUUAACGCUCACGAUCCAGCCGCUGCUGCCGUCGCCGAAGGCCGGAGGGGCACAACGCUCUCAAAACCUGUUUGUCUGUAUAGCCCCUGUGACAAACAACGGCGUACCUGACGGCGCGAACCCGAGACGACGUCUGCGCAAUCCGAGCUUACCGAUACAGCUUCGGGUGUCAAGAGCAUGGGAUGUGCAGAUUCGCCGAGCGGCUGAGGGCCUCGACGACGAACCACGCUGGAGAGCGAAGUUCGUCCCUCGGUGCUAGCUCGGAGUUCAAAGCUCCGGGAGCGGUGGCCCCCCCGGCGAACUUCUCUUGCCACGUUUGUUGACGUCCGGCAUCCACCAUGCCUUCACGAGAGCAGUCCCGGAGCAGUGCAUUUUCGUGCAGCAGCCCAAACUGCACAGGUCUCUUGCUGGGUUUAGUAGCAUCAGUGCUGGUGAUCGGAGGCAUCUUCUUGGCCUUCCACAACUGGGACUACAACUGGCUUCUUGUGUCUGGCAUUGGGUCGCUACUAGUCCUCAUUGCGGCUGCGGUGCCCUUCUGCAGUAGGGAGAGCGGCAGACCGGUUCAUGGCAAGCGGGGAAACGGUAGUUUGCACAUGGCCAACAGCGAAACACUGCCAUCAGCUCCUCCGUUGAGUGCCACGUACUCUGUCAGCCAACUGUCACUGAACAUCCUACCUCCAUUGUAUCCUGGAUGUGACGAACUACCGCCAAGUCAACCAAACAGCCCACCAAAUGGUGUUCCCAUUAACCACAUUAUGAACAUUAAUGGGCAGAGCUACCUUCUACUGCCCAUUGUCUCACCUACGACACAGACCAACACCAGCACCAGUACCGAGGCACAGAACCCCUGCUAUUCAGCUGCCCUGUCCUGCCUUCAGGUUGAGCUGCCAAGGAAACAGGAAAGUGAGCAGCAGAAUGAACACAACACUGCAGUUGAUGCGAAUGCCGUGUCAGAAAUGCCCAUCACAAACUUUUCAACGCAAAGAGACCUCCUUUGCGAAUCUCCACCGGCAGAAGACACAACGUCUCCACUGCCCACAUCACCGCUGGCAACGAGCGUGUCCAGUGCGCCCGCCAUCCAAGUGUUCGAUGCGAUUCCACUGACAACGCCAACAGCGGAGUGCCACGAGCCAGACACCCCUGCAGUAACGUGCAGUUCAGAAAUGACCAAUUGCAACAACAACCGAGCCAGUCGAACAAACUCUGUCUGUGAGAGGACAACAGUCGAGCUGCCAGACGAUCUCCUUAGUGCCUCAGAGACUGAUGUUGCCAUCAGCGACCAAUUGCCGCUCAUUGUUAUCGACCCUGAAAACUCUGAAACAGCUCUCGAGAAUGCUCACGAUGACUCUGCUGCGAGCACAAACGCGUCACAAGCCGAGAAUGACACAGACUUUUUGCUGACGGUGGGGGCAGAUGCCAGUGAUGUGGACGAUGACGACAGGCUUGUUGGCGCUACGCCUCCACCCAGCUACGACGAAGUGGCAAGUGAACGAAACCCAAAUGCAUUUGAAAGUUCUUUCGGAACAUUGUGAUUGAUGCUGGACUGCAACAUGGUCUUAGUGAAGUAACAUCAGUUUGCUCGAGGGAGUGUUGCAAUUGUUUGGCUUCUAGGCAGCAGCCACAGUUUACAACUUGACAGCUCUCUGGGAAGAUACCUGUGGAACACUUUUCAAAACUGGUAUUUUAAAACGCAACUGUCAAGUGACCUUAUCAUGCUGUAGUACUAGAGCUUGAGUGCAUUUCAAGGAAAUUGGGGCUGGUCAAGGCACUCUGCUGGGCAGAGUGUGCUUGGAUGUGUAUGUACAAGGAGAUAGACAACAGGGUCAGUGCCUUUAGUGUAGAACAGAAGUGUUUUUGAUCAACACAGUGUGUGAAUAUGCAGGUUGUUACAGAAAGUACACUGUGCUGUGAAAAUUAAGAGACAGUGAUGUCAAGAUAUACGAGAAAUCUUUUUGUGGGCAGCUUUUGACUCCUGGUAAGCUUAUAAUCUAAUAUUCGAGGCUUGCAAGGCAAAUUAAGCAAGGUCUUGUGAUGAAACUGAGUAACGUUUCCGAUCAGCGCACCGCAGAUAUGCUGACUAUCCUGAAGUGGUAUUUUUCGUGCCAAUUGGUAAAGGAUGUAUGCUGAUGCAAAUGUAUGGUAGCUAAUUUUAUGAAAAGUGGUGACAAAAUAGACAAUAAAUACAUCAUUUGCAUAGCAGAAUUUGUAUAACUUUGAAUAUGCAGAGAAUAAUUCAUUGUGUAACUAUGAAGUUCUUUAAAAAUUUGAGAUUACUAGUUGUGUGUGCUGAUCUUGAAAAUAUGUAAACUAUGUAUGUAACGUGGCAUACGCAAAUGGGCGCUUGAUACUGCUACCCAUGUCACAGAAUUUCAUGGCAGCGACGCAUUCCUUUUGGAACAGGCUUAUCUGCCUCACUGUGGUUUCACAUGGAGAAAGAAAACAUUCUCUGAUUAUUUUAUAUGUUUCUCAGCUUGACAUUUUGAAACAUUGCAGAGCCUUUUCUCUGGUCUUGAAAAAGCUGAAUAUCUUAUUUUUUUACAUUGUACUUUUAUGACAUAUGUGUAAGAUGACUUGUUGACCAAGUCUGGAACUAGGGUCCAAGCAACUUUGUUCCUUUCGCACUGCCUUUGAGAAAAAAUAAAGUUUGCAAAAUGUGCA